CCCCUGUUCACCCUGCUGGCCAAAGUGGCGAUGGGGCUCCUGCCCGGCGGCUCCCCCGCCUCCCGAGUCAACCUCCUCUGCGGCUUCUUGGGAGCAGCUGCCGCCUCUUUGCUUUUUUACACGGUUUUCAGGCUUUCUGGCUCAUAUGCUGGAGGAAUCCUUGCUGCGGGGGUGUUUUCAUUUUCUCGUCUAACAUGGCAGUGGUCCAUCACGGCGGAGGUUUUCAGCUUAAACAAUCUGUUUGUGGGGCUGCUGAUGGCUCUCACUGCUCAUUUUGAGGAGGCAUCCACUGCAAAAGAGAGAUCAAAGAUCUCUAAGCUUGGUGCCUUUUGCUGUGGGCUCAGUCUGUGCAAUCAGCACACCAUAGUGCUUUACAUCGCUUGUAUCGUGCCUUGGGUUCUCGCCCGGCUCUUCAGAAAGUCGGAAUUGUCCCCAGGCCAUUUGCUGAAGUUGGGUUUAUGCUUCUUGGCUGGUUUGCUGCCUUAUCUCUAUCUGCCGGCUUCGUCCUACCUCAGUCGAGCCCGUUGGACAUGGGGAGACCAGACGACUCUUCAAGGAUUUUUGACCCACUUUCUCAGGGAAGAAUAUGGGACAUUCAAUCUGGCCAAGUCCGAGACAGGAUCCAGUAUGAGAGAGAUGCUGCUUUUCCAGCUGGCGCAGAUGAAGUCGGAGCUCUCCCUUCCCGUCCUUGCCCUGGCACUUGUGGCCUGUGUGAGCACAGCACUGCUGACAAGGCAGCAGAAAUCAGCUGUGAUCUGGCUCUUCACUGGAAUGCUUUGUCUUUAUUCCCUUUUCUUCGCUUGGAGAGCAAACUUGGAUGUUACAAAGCCUCUGUUUCUAGGCGUGGUGGAGAGGUUCUGGCUGCAGAGCAGUGCUGUGGUGGCUGUGCUGGCAGGGCUGGGCUUGGCAACCCUCACCUCCCUCAGGAACACUGUGCUGGAGGGCAGCCGGGUGCUGCCCUGGCUGGAGUGGCUCUCUGCCCUUGCUCUUGUUGCUUCUCAAGUUUGGACAAAUUACAGUGCUUGUGAUCAGAGCAACAACUAUGUUGUUGACAAGUUUGCAAGGAAUCUGCUGUCCUCUAUGCCCAUGGGUGCAGUGAUCCUGCUGAGAGGAGACUUACCUGGGAAUGCUCUUCGUUACCUUCAUUACUGCGAAGGGAUGAGGCCAGAUAUCACCUUAGUGGACCAGGAGAUGAUGACUUAUGAAUGGUAUUUACCCAAGCUGGCAAAGCAUUUACCUGGUGUUUAUUUUCCUGGGCACCGGUGGAAUCCUGUGGAAGGAGUAUUACCCGACGGGACACUUGCUUUUAAUCUCCAUCGUUUCCUCAAAGUAAAUAAACAUAAGGAGGUGUUUGUCUGCAUAGGUCUUCAUGAAGGUGACUCGACCUGGAGAAGGAGCCAUUCACUCUGGCCCUGGGGGACGUGUGAGAAGUUGGUUCCUUCCAGUGUUGUGUUUGACCCAGGAGAGUGGAUUCGUCUCACCAGGAAUCUCUAUAACUGGACUGAAGACUAUGGCAGUUUCAGUCCCUCUUCCUGGGAAGCUGUUGCCAACGAGGAGAUGUGGCAAGCCAGGAUGAAAACAGCUUUCUUUAUAUUCGACCUUGCGGAGAGUGCCAGUGUGACUGCAGAAAUGAAAUCACAACUUUACACAUUUGCAUACAACUCAUACAAAGAAAUUGUCAACUCUCAUCCCAAUCACCCGGUGAACUGGCACAAAAACUACGCCAUCGCCUGCGAGAGGAUGUUGCGUCUCCGUCGGGGGGACGUGGAUCCCGAAACGUUGCUCUCUGAAACUGUGAAACAUUUCCUGCUGUACACCGAGAAAGCAGAGGAUGAUCCCCAGCGCCAGGACAUCCUGCAGGCUGUGAAGCACCUGGAGAAAGAGCUGCAGGGGCUGAGGAAAAGGAAAGCAGACCUGAGGCGGGGAGCUGGGUAG